UUGCCCAAGGGAGACAUGAUUGUGAAGUUGCAAGGUCCUGUACAGUGAUCGGCGACAGGUGACCCUCCUCAGCACUACAGGAAGUUCCAGAAUGAUGCGAAAAGCUAACACCAAAGGAAAAAAUUGUUAAAGCACCAGGAGUUGUGCACAAGUAUAACGAAACAAUGGGCGGAGUAGAUCUAGGUGAUCAGCUUCUUACACAGUAUGAACACCAGUUUCGUAGUCUCAAACUAUGGAAGAAAAUUCUGUUCAGUUUCUUUAUGAUGGCUGCAGUCAAUGCCUACAUCUGUUACAAGUCCUCCUUCGUGAUACAGAAGAAAAUGGACCACUUACAAUUUCAGAAAGAGAUAAUAAAGGGACUUUUGGGAAAUUUUAGGGAAGGAAGAUUAAGACGGGGACGACUUGGUGUACAGAGAUGUGCUAGAUUGUCUGCCAAACAUUUCAUAGACUGGAUCCCUGAAAAGAAGCGAAUGAAAUGUGCUGUUUGUUCAGGAAAAAGAGGGAACUUUGCCGGAACAAGGAUCCGUACUUGGUGCCCUGAUUGUUCCGUCGGGUUGUGUGUUGGAAAUUGUUUCAGAAAAUUCCACACUCUUAUUAAUUACGAAGAAUAAAAUUA